AUGUGCUUCGGAGGACCCGAAAACGAGGAGCAAAAAGAUAUUAAAACAGAAAGCACUAAAGCAGAAGUUGUGACAACAGAGCUUGUCAAAGCAGAAGCUGAUAAGGCAAACGGUGAUAGCGCAGAAACUGACAAAGCAGAAGAUGAUAACGCAGAAGAAGCUAAUGUGGAUCCAGAUUUGAAAUACGCAAGUCAUGAUCUCGGUGAAAUGAAAGAAGGUGUUUCCUUUCGAAUCCGUGGUAAAAUACUGGACGAAGCAAAUUGUGCGUUGCGUAUACUGGCACUGGUGGAAGAAAACUUGAUAGCACGUUACUACAAAGAUAAUAAUAAUUGGGGUCCUGAAGAAGAUUAUUCUCAAUCGCCUUACAAGUUAGUACCUGGGAAAAUUGUUGCGAUGGAAGUCUUAAUAACCGAACCGGGAUUCUACAUUGCCGUAAACUGCUUUCAUGUGUGCAUUUUUAAACAUCACUUUCCCUAUACGCACAUCAAGGCGAUAGAAAUACGUGGCGAUAUUGAUCUUGCGUUUGUUGAAAGAAAAUUAGUCUAUGAAUAUCCGCAACGUUCGGCCAGAUCCAGUCAUUUCGGUCGUAUAGUUGGUUCAGGAUCUCACCGAUGGCCGGCUCCAGCCGCUUGUUAUGACGUUGCUUUCAAAUUCUACAAUAGCAAACAAGGUGAAAAGGCACCAGCUUUAGGGGAUAAUGAGGAAGCCAUAGACAUGAAAUCAAAAGAAGAUCUUAAAUUGGUAAUAGUGCGUGGGAAAAAAGGCUACGAGACCAAAGCAAAUAAAAAAUCUUUAAAAACCCGCCCGUACAAAAUCAAUCCUAACUAUGUAAAUACGGCUCUGAUAUAUGGCGAUCUAAAACUUAUUGAUAUACAGAUUAUCACAGACUAA